CUGAUAUCUAUCUUAGAACAACGGGUCCUCGCAUUAUAGUCUGAAAACCUUGUAUUAUACACUCCAAAGGAUAAAAAAAAGAAAUUCGAUGGCGCAGUUGCUGGAGAAGGCGAAGGAGUUCGUGGCGGAGAAAAUAGCGGGAAUACCGAAACCAGAGGCUACGGUGACGGACGUUGACCUAAAGGACGUGAACCGCAGCUCAGUGGAGUACCUCGUCAAGGUCUCCGUCACCAAUCCCUACCCUCACCCUCUCCCCAUCUGCGACAUCACCUUUUCUCUCAAAAGCUCCGGCCGAGAGAUAGCGAGCGGGAAGAUACCGGACCCGGGGUCGUUGAAAGGGAAGGACGUGACGGAGUUGGACGUGCCGGUGGUCGUACCGCAUAGCAUAAUCGUAAGCCUGGCUCGAGACAUCGGCUCGGAUUGGGACAUCGACUACGAACUGCAACUCGUUCUCAUCAUCGACCUCCCCAUUGUCGGCAACAUCUCCAUCCCUGCCUCCAGCAAAGGCGAGAUCAAGCUCCCUACUCUCAAGGACAUCUUCUGAUCUUUUUCCUUUUUAAUGACAGUUCAUCACUAUGUUGUAGAAAUAAGAUGAGAUGAUGAUGAUGGUGAUGGUAAUGAUGAUGAUGAUGAUGAUGAUGAUGAUGGUGAUGUUGUAUUCAUGUUGUGCCUUUUUCCUUUUAACUUGCGAAAAACAUGAGUUUGAUUAUAAUAAAUACGUUAUGAUUCAGGUUU